AUGCACAAGCUCGUAUCCGUGGCUUUCCUAGUCUUCAUCUCAUGGUCGACGCUGGCGGUCUCUUCCCCGUCCGGAGUCCCUUGCUACCAAUCCAUCUUCAGCUUCGGCGACUCCUUUGCUGACACGGGCAAUAACCCUGUCGUCUUCAAAUGGUACUCCAUCUUCGACCCCGUCACGCGCCCUCCCUAUGGCACCAGCUUUUUCGGCCGCCACACUGGUCGCAACGGCGACGGGCGGCUCAUCAUCGACUUCAUUGCUGAGAACUUGGGCCUACCAUAUGUCCCGCCCAACCUGGCGCACAACGGUAGCUUCCGGCGAGGCGCCAACUUCGCCGUUGGUGCCGCAACCGCAGUCGAUGCUGGUUUCUUCCACAAGAGGGGUAUCCCCAGUGCCACCAGCAAGUUCCCGCUGAACACCAGCUUAGGCGUGCAGCUGGAGUGGUUUGAGUCCAUGAAGCCUUCCUUAUGUCGCACAGCCCAAGAGUGUAAGAAAUUGUUCGGCAGAUCCCUCUUCUUUGUGGGCGAGUUCGGAGUCAACGACUAUCACAUGUCGUUCCAACAGAGAACGGUACAGGAGGUCAGGUCCUUCGUUCCUGAUGUCGUCGCGACCAUCUCCAAGGCCAUCGAGAGGCUCAUCACCAUGCAUGGCGCGAGAAGCCUGGUUGUCCCUGGCGUGAUUCCGUCGGGAUGCUCACCGCCGAUCCUGACCAGGUUCGCUGACGCCUCACCACCAUCAGCAUACGACUCCAGGACCGGUUGUCUGAAAGCAUAUAACGAGCUGGGGUUGCACCACAACUCGCUGCUGCAGGCUGAGCUAGCCAAGCUUCAGGCCAAGCACCGGAAUGCCAGGAUCAUCUACGCCGAUUUCUUUGGCCCAAUCAUGGACAUGGUGGAGUCGCCUCACAAGUUUGGUUUUGAACAAGACGUGCUUACGGUGUGCUGUGGAGGGGCUGGACGAUACAGAUUAAAUUCAACGGUUCCAUGCGGCGAUGCUGCUGCAACAACGUGUCCGGAUCCAUCAGCUCGUUUGUACUGGGACGGUGUCCAUCUGACGGAGGCAGCUAACCGCCACGUCGCCAAUAUCUGGCUGGGCAGCAUAACCUCGGCAACAAGAGUCAGCAGCAGCAAGUGUGCAAAGGGGCCAUAUCGACCAACCAGGUGA